GUCAUUCAGAAAGUGGAAGUGAAGUUAAGGUUGCUGGAGCUCAAACAGUGAAAAUGGCUUCACUGUAUGAAGAUGAUUUUUCUUGUCCCGUGUGUCAUGAAAUCUUCAAGGCUCCUGUUCUUCUGUCAUGUAGUCACAGUUUCUGUAAAGAGUGUCUUCAACAGUUCUGGAGAACCAAGGAAACUCAGGAGUGUCCUGUCUGCAGGAGAAGAUCCUCAAGAGAUGAUCCUCCGUGUAAUCUUGUGUUGAAAAACUUGUGCGAGUCGUUCCUGAAGGAGAGAAAUGAGAGUCGUUCAUCAGGAUCUGAGGAGAUCUGCAGUUUACACAGCGAGAAACUCAAACUCUUCUGUCUAGACGACAAAGAGCCUGUGUGUUUAGUGUGCAGAGAUUCACAGAAACACGACAAUCAUAAAUUUAGACCCUUCGGUGAAGCUGUUUUAUCAUAUAAGGAAGAGUUCAAUACAGCACUGAAGUCCUUAAAGUGGAAACUUAAAUGCAGAGAAAGAAUCAUAGGAGAGUUUGAGGAAACUGUUCAACACAUCAAGUCUCAAGCUGAGCACACAGAGCACCAGAUUAAACAGCAGUUUGAGAAGCUUCAUCAGUUUCUCAAAGAUGAAGAAGAAGCUACAAUCACUGCACUGAGGGAGGAAGAGGAGCAGAAGAAGCAGAUCAUGAAGGAGAAGCUGGAGGAGAUGAACAGACACAUCUCAGCUCUUUCACACACAAUCAAAGACAUGGAGGAGAUGAUGAAAGACAAUGACGUCUGCUUUCUGAAGAAGUUUCCAGUCUCAAUGGAAAGAGUCCAGAGCUUACAGUCGGAUCCACAGAUGGCUUCUGGAGCUUUGAUUCAUGUGUCAAGUUACUUGGGCAACCUGCAGUUCAGAGUCUGGAAGAAGAUGCAGGACAUCGUCCAAUACACUCCUGUGAUUCUGGAUCCAAACACAGCUCAUCCAUCUCUUGUCCUGUCUAAAGAUCUGACCAGCAUGGCAUGUGGCUUGAUCAAUCAACUCCUUCCUAAUAAUCCAGAGAGAUUUGACAAGUAUUUCUGUGUUCUGGGUUCAGAGGGUUUUAACUCAGGAGCACACUGCUGGGAUGUGGAGGUUGAUGAACGUUCAUCCUGGAGUCUUGGAGUAACUACAGCAUCAAAACGACGGAAAGGACGCGUUUUCUUUAACGCUGAUGUCUGGAGUGUGAUGUAUGGACCAUUUCAACUGCCGGGUUUUCCUGUUAAACUGAAGCUUGAGCGUGUGAGAGUGUAUCUGGACUAUGACAGAGGAACGGUGUCAUUCUCUGAUCCUGUAACUAACACACAUCUACACACAUUCACACCCACCUUCACUGCCCCAGUCUUUCCAUUCUUUUAUAGUCAAUUCCCUCUGAGAAUCUUACCUCUCAGUAGUCAGUAGUCGUUACACCUGUAGGUCUGGAUCAAGCUCCUUUCAUAUUUUACAGUCAUCAUGUUUCUAGUAUUUAAUCCACUUCUCAUGAAUAACUUGGAAACUUCACAUGACUGAACAGCGAAGAGCUCGUUUACGUUUUAGACAAGUUGUGAUACUGAACAGGACCACAUGAAGAUGCUAGAAAAACCCCUAAGUCACCACCCAGAUCUGACUGCAUAUACCUACUACAGUACACAGAUCCAUUCAGAAUGACUAAACGCAGCAACAUACACAUGACAAAUCAAAACAUUAUCCUGAAUGAGUGUGGAAACAAUGUAAAUGUACUGAAAUGUGUGUGCAUAAAUGCAAUCAGUGAUCGAGAGCGCACAUGCACGGUUUAUUUACGCAUCAAUACAGCGUACUGUACAACUGUUGUACGUCACCAAUCUUCAUUUUUAUUGCAAUCGUCACCCAAUAUGUUACAUUUUAGCUGGAAGGAUCUGCUUUGCAGGUAUGAUGUUCAUUCUAUUCAUCAGGAUCAGUGUCCAUGUUUUAUUAACAUUUAUGUUAUUUGUGUACUUACCAUGGUAACUGCAAUUUCUGUGUACCUUAAGAAUAUGACUUUUUCACUUUGUUUUCUAUAUUUUUGAAUACUGUGGUGGCUCAUACCAACUUAUAACUUUAUUGUAUUAACAAAAACUAGUUUGGGACUACUAAUUAAUAGCCUUCCCUUUAUUCAUCAGUGUUAGCGAUAUUCUUACAAUUUAUGUGUAUGAGGAAUGUACUUAUGGCUGUCAAACAUUUUGGAGAAAUAAAAUUGCUUGGUUCAAAAUCCCAAAAAA